AUGUGCCCCCUGAGUGUUCUCAGGAUAUGGAGGAGGAUCCAAGGGGCGGGAGCCCCAGCAGGUGACCCUGCGGCCGAGCGUGUGGACAGACAGCGGGCAAAGGAACGGCGGGCCCUGGGAGAGGAGCCGGGGGCUCCAGGCCGGUCCUGCCCCCUGCCGGAGGCUGCAGCAGUUUGGUUCCUGCGGAGCAGUCCAGGAGGGAGGGAAAGCUCAGCCCCGGAGGGAGGAAAAGUUCAGCCCCGGGGGAGAGGGAGAGCUCAGCCCCAGGGAGAGGGAGAGCUCAGUCCCGGAGGGAGGGACAGCUCAGUCCCGGAGGGAGGGAAAGCUCAGCCCCGGGGGAGAGGGAGAGCUCAGUCCCGGAGGGAGGGACAGCUCAGUCCCAGAGGGAGGGAAAGCUCAGCCCGGGACGGAGGGAGAGCUCAGCCCCGGAGGGAGGAAAAGCUCAGCCCCGGGGGAGAGGGAGAGCUCAGCCCCAGGGAGAGGGAGAGCUCAGUCCCGGAGGGAGGGACAGCUCAAUCCCAGAGGGAGGGAAAGCUCAGCCCCGGGGGAGAGGGAGAGCUCAGUCCCGGAGGGAGGGACAGCUCAGCCCCGGAGGGAGGGAGAGCUCAGUCCCGGAGGGAGGGAAAGCUCAGUCCCAGAGGGAGGGAAAGCUCAGUCCGGGACGGAGGGAGAGCUCAGCCCCGGAGGGAGGGAAAGCUCAGCCCCGGAGGGAGGGAGAGCUCAGUCCCGGAGGGAGGGAAAGCUCAGCCCCGGGGGAGAGGGAGAGCUCAGUCCCGGAGGGAGCGAAAGCUCAGUCCCAGAGGGAGGGAAAGCUCAGCCCGGGACGGAGGGAGAGCUCAGUCCCGGAGGGAGGGAAAGCUCAGCCCCGGGGGAGAGGGAGAGCUCAGCCCCAGGGAGAGGGAGAGCUCAGUCCCGGAGGGAGGGACAGCUCAGUCCCAGAGGGAGGGAAAGCUCAGCCCGGGACGGAGGGAGAGCUCAGCCCCGGAGGGAGGAAAAGCUCAGCCCCGGGGGAGAGGGAGAGCUCAGCCCCAGGGAGAGGGAGAGCUCAGUCCCGGAGGGAGGGACAGCUCAAUCCCAGAGGGAGGGAAAGCUCAGCCCCGGGGGAGAGGGAGGGCUCAGUCCCGGAGGGAGUGAAAGCUCAGUCCCAGAGGGAGGGAAAGCUCAGCCCGGGACGGAGGGAGAGCUCAGUCCCGGAGGGAGGGAAAGCUCAGCCCCGGGGGAGAGGGAGAGCUCAGCCCCAGGGAGAGGGAGAGCUCAGUCCCGGAGGGAGGGAAAGCUCAGUCCCAGAGGGAGGGAAAGCUCAGCCCGGGGCGGAGGGAGAGCUCAGUCCCGGAGGGAGGGACAGCUCAGCCCCGGAGGGAGGGAGAACUCAGUCCCGGAGGGAGCGAAAGCUCAGUCCCAGAGGGAGGGAAAGCUCAGUCCGGGACGGAGGGAGAGCUCAGUCCCGGAGGGAGGGACAGCUCAGCCCCGGAGGGAGGGAGAGCUCAGUCCCGGAGGGAGGGAAAGCUUAGCCCCGGGGGAGAGGGAGAGCUCAGUCCCGGAGGGAGUGAAAGCUCAGUCCCAGAGGGAGGGAAAGCUCAGCCCGGGACGGAGGGAGAGCUCAGUCCCGGAGGGAGGGAAAGCUCAGCCCCGGGGGAGAGGGAGAGCUCAGCCCCGGAGGGAGGAAAAGCUCCGCCCCGGGGGAGAGGGAGAGCUCAGCCCCAGGGAGAGGGAGAGCUCAGUCCGGGAGAUCGGGCGGGACCGCUGGCUCUGGCUGCUGGUGCUGCAGACCUGAAGAGAGUAUGGUGCAAUUGUAAAGUCAUUGCCGUGUGGAUUAAGCUUUGUACAUAUUAGAGACCUUUUGUAAUAAAUAUUUUUACAAUUA